GAAGAAAUAGAAAAGUGAGGAGAGGAAGAGGCAGUUCAGAGCAGAAACCCUCGGCCGAAACCACUGUGGAGAGAAGAGAGCUGGAGAGCGAGAUAGAGAGUGUAUGAUUUGUCUUGUGGAGGGAGACACUGACUGACUCAAUCAUCAAAUCAGGAUGUUUGUUCUCAUCUGGGCGACUCUGCUCUUCUCUGUCAGAGACACAGGUGCAUCAGUGGGGGGAACACCAUUCUGUGAUAAUAGAUUCUGUAUCACUCUUAGUGGAGAAAUAACAGCAGAGGCUGGACUCUGUGUUGUGAUACCGUGUUCUUUCACCACCAGUUAUUACUUUACACCCCAAAAUAUAGUUUGGUACAAAUGUGAACCAUCCAAACAAAAAUGUAGUGAUCCAGACAUCAUAUUCCACACUAACAAGAACAACAACAAAACUCAGUCUGGGUUCAAAGGACGAGUGUCACUGUUGGAGCCUGAUGUGAGUCGGAGGAACUGCAGCAUCAUCGUCAAUGACCUCACUGAGUCAGACUCUGGAUCAUAUCAGCUCAGAGUUAAUGGUUACCUGAAUGGGAGGAAAGAUGGAUUUACAUUCUCUCCAAGAACAACUGUCUCUGUUAAAGGUCUGACCCAGAAGCCCACAGUGAUGAUUCCUCCUCUGACAGAGGGACAGCAGAGCACACUGAGCUGCAUUGCUCCUGGUCUCUGCUCUGGAUCUGUUCCAGAAAUCAGCUGGACGUGGAGAGGAGCAGGAGAGAAGGACUCUCACAUCACAGGAAACAUCACUGCUUUCAGGACUGAGAAUCUGACUGCUGUCACUCAGAGACACAGCUCAACCCUGACCUUUAACUCUUCAGCUGAACACCACGGCACCAAUGUCAGCUGUAAGGUCAGCUUCACCAACAACAUCACUACAGAGGAGACUGUCACUCUGAAUGUGGCCUAUGUAAAGGAAGUUACAGUCACUGGGAAUACAAGUGUGAAGGAGGGUGAGACUCUGAUUCUGAGAUGCAGUGUUGAAAGUUUCCCUCCAUCUCUCAUCAAGUGGUAUACAUCUUCUGACAGAAACAUGCAAAACGGAACAGAAACAAACCUGCAAAACGACAUUUUAACUGACCUGCAAAACAAAACUAAAACCUUCCUGCAGGAAAACAAUAAAAUGGAGACUUUGGUCAUCUCUAACAUGACAACUACAAAUUCUGGACCGUACUUCUGCAUUGCUAAUCAUCUGAACAACACCCUGGUGAAAAAAGUUGAUGUAACAGUGAUAUAUAAGAGGAGAUGUGUAAUCACUGGGGACACAACUGUUAAGGAGGGAGAUGCUUUGAAUCUGACCUGCAGUGUUGAAAGUUUCCCUCCGUCUCACAUCACAUGGACUGUACUGGGUUCCAACACAAACCUACACAUUGGACCUGAUACUCACUUGCAGAACAACACUGGCUCAGCCACACUCGUCAUCCCUAACGUGACGGCGGAACAUUCUGGACAGUACAUCUGUACAGCACAACACCUGAACACAACUGUGGCUACAUUUGCUGACGUAACUGUGACUUGGUUUUCAACGGUCUUAAAAAACUCUGGAUGUAAGGUUCAGUCGGAGGUUCUGACCUGUGAGUGCAUCAGUGAAGGGUUUCCUUUACCCACCAUCACAUGGCCGCUGUUGAAGAACCAUGCUGAGUACUCUGUCAUCACCACGGUGUCACACCACACAGUCAACAGCACCGUCACCCUAACUGUAAAAGACCACAGCAACACUUCUGUUGAGUGUGUCAGCAGCAAUCAAAAUGGGGAAGUAAAAGCAAACCUCAUCAUCCAAUUAGAGAUGUCAGAACAACCGGCUAAAUCCAAAGAGGUAUUAAACAUUGUUUCAUGGCUGGAGGUCAUCAUCGCCUUUUUGAUUGGGGUAUUUCUUUCAACGGUCCUUUGGUGUUUGGCAAAAAAAUGCCACAGAAAAAAACAAAAGAGCUUUGGUAAUCUGGAUGAGACUCUGGAGAUGGUGACCAGUCAAGAGGAUCCACUGAUAGCUGCUGGUCAAGCAGUGGAAGAUGAUCAGACCUACUACCAAGAGGCAUCUGAAAGAGAAGAAGAAGCUGUGGCAGAAGAGCAAGCAGCCCCUGAUCUCAAUGGUGGACCACAAGAUGUGGAGUACGCCAGCAUUGAUUUCUCCUUGUUGAAAACAAAGAAUCCCAGGACGGCAGCAAAGAACCAAGAGAGCACGGAGACAGAGUACGCUGAAAUUAAGAAAGAAGUAAAAGAGGAAAUAGAAGACAAUGGCGGAGAGGAAGGCGAUGUGUUGGAAGGCAAAGAUGAAGAUCCAACGAUCGGGGAUGAUGAGGAGAUAGAACAGUUUGUUCCUGAAGAGGAGGAAGGGAGGACAUGGCUGUGUACUCCAAUGUGA